UGCCCUGUCAAUCGCAGCUUAUCUGUUUCAGCGUACCACAGAUCUUCGGUCUUGUUCAAACCAUGUACCUGACCUCUUGCAGCCCGUUUCUCACCCGCUUCGUGUGUUGCGAUCAAGCAUGCACACUGCCACCCUCAACCUAAUUUUGCUGCCCCGGUUUGCCCGUAUCUUUCUCCAAACUGUUCGGACGCGCAAGCCGAGUCAGAUCUUUCUCUGCUUGUGUCUCGUAUUCGUGAGCUUACCACACGGAAAUCCUGUGGAGCUGUGCAAAUCACGGCCUGGAGUGGUCGAACUCUUCCCGGCUGUGACGUAGCUAGCUAAACUAACCAUAACGAAGACAGAUAAAAUAGUCGUGCCUGCCCAUCACCUGUAUCUCCUACCUCUGCACCCCUUUACAACUCACACAAACACACUCAAGUACACACUUACAACAACACCAACAUGUCGAAAAUGUCGAGCCAAGUCGAGCCUACCAUCGUCACCGCCGUCGAGACGGCCCCCUCAGCUUCGUCCUCAUCCGAGCUCUCUCCCUCGAACACUUCCCCCACACUUAGACGCGGAUCUCGCCAGGCUCCCCCAGAAGGCCUCAACUUGACCUCCAAGGACCAGCUCGCUCCACCAGCCACCGAAAGACAAGAUUUCCCUUCGCCUGGUGCCGCCCCUGCAGGUCAGCGCAUCUUUGACGCCAACGCCGUCGCCGAGGACAGAGGAGUUGAGACAGUACCCGGUGGCUGGGCCGGAGGAGUCCAACAACAAGACCAGGUCGCCGAACAAUACGAGCAGCAAGAUGAGGAUGCUUCGCAAAAGUCGUCACCGAGCUUGAAGCAGAAGGUCAAGGACUUGCUUCAUCGUGAUUAGACGAAACCCCUUUUGUCAAUUUAUCACCAGGCUUUGUCGUUUUUGUCUAGCUAUUCCGACGCGACACCAGCCACAAAGUCUUUACGACUACGUUUCAUGCAUUUCCGAAACUAUCAGCGGAGGAGUUGGUUACACGACAGUAUGUGCCAAGCACUUACAGCAUCGCUGCAUACUACCACGGGCGUUCGCAUCUUUCGAUUCUUUGUAUCUAUUCACCAAAUACUUCAUCAUCCAUCAUCUACUUGACUUGCUAUUCCAAUCUCGCGGCAUGUCAGUAGUGAGACUCCGUUCUUUACCCUCAUCUCAGACCUUUCACAACCGACUGCACCACUUUCAUCACUGUGCUUGUUACAAUACGCAUCCACUAGGCAGCAACACACCCCGACCCUCGAUUGACUUUCACUAGACCAUGGUCGACUCAACGCGGA